ACUAAUUAUUGUAAUCACUGGUCAAAUUAUGGAAGUUUCAUUUCGAAGACGCCAAAGAUGGCGUAAGAAAGUUCAAAGAUUAAGAAGAGAAAGGGGAUGGGACAACGUAUCGGACAAAGUUAUCCUCUUCUUCUCAACAAUUAAUGGAUACCAUCACUUCAGAAUCAUGCCAACGCAGUUUAGCUGGAAUCAUCCAUAUAUGAUGGAAUGCAUUCCCGAGCCUACAAACAGAAGGGACCCUCUAGCUGUCUUAGUGAAAGAAAUGGGGGUAAACAUAACAAUUGGACGGGUUCCAAAGGACAUAUGCAAUGUCAUUUCCCUUGAGAUGAGAGUGACACAGAAGCUUAGGAGGACAUUUUGUCUGUAUAUUGGGACACACCAUAAUGAAGGCCCAGUACCAAGUGGGGGACUGAAACUCCAUUGUGUUUAUGUGUUGGAGUUUAGCAAUGACACAUCUUACAGACGACUUGGGGAAGUUGCCAGUUUUUUGAGGAGACAUGUACCAUCUUCAUACAUAUAUCUGUGACAGUUAAGAGACUUGUUGGCAUAAGUAUUAUGAUCACUUUCAUUUCAUAAGCAUGAUAAGCAUAAUCAUCGCUGUUGUUAUUAUCAUAUU